AUGGAUUGGAAUCCACAAACACCACAGGUUAUGUCACAAUCUUUCCUCUAUACACUCUUCCCUCAACCCGAAAUUCGCCGCCAUGCUGAGGAAAAGUUAUCCUACUCCGCCGAUACUCCUAACUACAACAUUGCCGUUCUUAGCCUGGUUGUUGAACCUUCCAUUGACGAGCAGACCCGCCAAUACGUUGUUGUUAACUUUACGAACCAUCUUAAAACCCGGUGGAUGUCCUCAUCUGACAUCCAUAUUUCCGAUGGUGAAAAAGAGAAAAUUAGGACUCUAAUAGUGCCUGUUAUGCUCUCCGCCACCCGGAAAAUCCAGGAUGAGCUUAGCGAAGCCAUAGCUGUGAUUGGAGACCAUGAUUUUCCUGAGUUUUGGCAGGUUUUGCUUCCUGAAUUUGAGUCCAGUCUUGAAAUGGCUAUCAGUUCAAAUGAUUUUACUUCUGUUAACAAUAUCCUUGCUAUUGUUUGUUCUUUGUUUAAGAGAUUCUGUUGUGGGUUUAAUUCUUUGUUCAAGAAAUUUCGGUACCAGCCUAAGAGGAAUAACAUAAUGCUUGACUUGAUAUACUGCUCCGAUAACUUUGCCACACUGUUGCUGAGUACUAUUCAGAGUAUUUCAAGGAAGAUAAAUAUUGCUGCUGCUGCUGGGUCUGUUGCAACCAUCCGGCAGUUACUUGAAGCACGAAGGCUCUGUUGUAGAAUAUUCUAUUCACUCAAUGUUUUGGAUGUGCCUGAAAAAUUCGAGGAGAAGGCAGAUGAAUGA